UAAUACAUUGUUGGUAGGGAGGGAUAUAGUCGUUGAAUAUAGUGCAAGAAGAAGAAGGAAUGUACUUAUCGUCGUCGCCGUCGCCGUCGCUAAUGCUUCGUCGCGUUUUCUGUUUCAACUCCACCCGUUGUUUUUCUUCAGCUUCAAUCCCCUCUCCCAAAAAGAAGCAACUCGUCUUCCUCGGUUCCCCUCAAGUCUCUGCAUCUGUUCUUGAGGCUCUUUUCAAUGCAUCUUCUGCCCCGGACUCUUUAUUUGAGGUUGCAGCAAUUGUUACGCAGCCGCCUUCGGGAAGGAACCGGGGAAAGAAGGUGAUGGCUUCACCAGUUGCACAGCAUGCUCUUGACAGAGGCUUUCCUUCUGAUUUGAUAUUCACCCCGGAACGAGCCGGCGAGGAAACGUUCUUGUCCAACUUAAGAGCCCUGCAGCCAGAGCUUUGCAUUACAGCGGCAUAUGGGAAUAUUUUGCCUAACAAGUUUCUUAAGAUUCCACCAUUGGGGACAGUCAAUUUGCACCCAAGCCUACUGCCUCUUUACCGUGGUGCUGCUCCAGUUCAAAGAGCAUUGCAGGAUGGGGUAAAAGAAACGGGAGUAUCAUUAGCCUUCACUGUUCGGGCACUGGAUGCUGGACCUAUUAUCGCUUCUGAAAGAAUGGAAGUGGAUGAUCAGAUUAAGGCACCAGAUUUACUUGCUUUGCUAUUUUCUCAAGGAUCUAAACUUUUGAUCCAUGAGCUUUCCUCUAUAUUAGAUGGAUCAGCAAGGUUGAAAGCACAACCCCAGGAAGACUCUCAAGCUACUUUGGCGCCAAAGAUUGACAGUGAGGAGGCAUGGCUAUCGUUUGAUCAAGAAGCUAGAGUCCUACAUAAUAAGGUUAGGGCAUUUGCAGGAUGGCCAGGGACCCGAGCUAGAGUAGCAAUCGUCGACAACAAAAGUGGUCAGCACAAGAUCUUGGAGAUUAAAAUCAUCACUACAAGAGUAAGUAGCUGCGACCAUAUUCUGGAAAAUGAAGGUGGCAAUGUGACCAUGCAUAAAGGCGCAUUGGUAUUUCCAUGUGGUAGCCGCACGGCCCUUGAGGUACUGGAGGUUCAGAUUCCGGGUAAGAGAGUAGUAGACGCAACUGCAUUUUGGAAUGGUUUGCAAGGUCAACCGUUGAAGUUGCAGUAAUGGCGGUGUUUUCAUUCAGAAUUUCAGAUGGCUAUGCAAGUUUUCUGUACAAGAAUCCAAUGGCAAAAGCAUCUGAUGAAGCAAACAAAGGUUCAGCCUAGUUAGAAUUGCACUAGGUGAGAGAUUUUUCAUUUAUUUAUUUUUCCUGUUGACCUAGUUAGAACUUCUGAAACGAACUGAGUUUUGAUCAGAUGGUAUGGUAUGAAUCUGUGGAAUUCAGACAAUAUUAGACCUAUUAAAUUCUCAAGUUAUUUUCCUUAA